AUGGACCCAGCAGCGUUGGCUGGCCUCACGAUCUACAAUUUCCCGCCCAUGCCGCCAAAAUGGGAUAAAAUCGGCAUAUUUUAUAUCACGUUCUGCGCAACAUGGACAACCAUCGUCUUUGCGGGUAUGGCCUUCCUCUGGGCCAAUCGGAGGAACCCUAUCUUGAGACUUCGCGGCCUGCCGCUGGCCUUUGGUUCUAUUAUCUUUCUGCACCUGUACUGGUGCAUGGCUCAGAUUACGUAUCCUGUCGGCGGAACGAUGCCCGUGGUCAUCGCAUACGACGUUCAAUACUUUGUGAUGGGCAUCUGGUUUCCACUCGGUAUCGCCUGCUUCCACGCCUCUAAUAGCAGGUUUCUGCACGUUGCGAAGUUGCAGAGGCUUCACUUCACUGGCACUGGUGCCGGAAGUCUCCGAAGAGGAUGCAAUGGUUCGAAGACGUCAUGGCUUUGUCGCUUCAGGAAUAUGGAUUAUGGGAGGAGGAUUUUGAUUUUCAUCGGUAUCGGUGCGAUAUUCCAGUGCCUCCUCACAACCGGCAUGUGGGUUGCCUGCAAGAAAUAUCACCCUACCUUCGGCAUCCCCGGCACAGAGAUCCGCGGAGACAACAUAGUAGAGCAGCUGAUUGACCUGGGCCGCGGAUGGGAGUGGUGGCCAACCCUCCUUUGGCAGUUCAUUUGGACUUGGAUUGUAUGA